UUUUUUUUCCUUUAAAGCUUUCAAAAUUAAGCUAGAAAUCAAUUUUCUUAUUGGAUUUGAUUAGUGCAGGUGGAGGUUGAUUUCCUGAUGAGUUUGUUCGAAAAAUCUUUAAAAUCAGAGAUAAAUAAUUUUGUGAGGCAACGUAUUCGAAUUUCAGUUAUCGGUGAUUCAUCAAAGCUUCCACAGUCUCUGCAAAGAUUAAUAAAUGAAGUAGAGGAGACCACUAAAAAUUUCUCAAAACUCCACCUUCUGGUGGCGGUUAGCUACAGUGGGAAAUAUGAUGUGCUAAAAGCCUGUAAAAGUAUUGCUGCUCGGGUAAAAGAUGGUCUUAUUGAACCAGAAGACAUUACCGAAAGCCUAAUCGAACAAGAGUUGGAAACGAAUUGCUCUGAGUUUCCUUCACCUGAUCUAUUAAUCCGAACAAGCGGGGAGCUCAGGAUCAGCAACUUUUUGCUGUGGCAACUGGCUUAUACUGAACUUUUCUUUGCAGAAGAACUCUGGCCUGAUUUUGGAAAAGAAGGAUUCGUGGAGGCCUUAACAUCGUAUCAGCAGAGGCAGAGACGCUACGGUCAACGGCUUUCAUAGUCCAAUACCUGUAAAAUGGGCAUUCGUUGCAGUGAAUAGCAUUUUAUACCAUUCAUAUGUACGAAUAUGAGGUCAAGCUCCAAUCUUGAUGAAUUGUGCUUCAGCUCUGAAAUAUUGGAUUCAAACAUAGCAUGGUCAAUGAUGCACCUAAUCAAAGUUUAGGUGCCUGAUAUAGAUAUGCAAAGGGAAAAAAAAAAAACAGCAUUAUACUUUAAUUAAUACAAAGAUAGAAUAUACUUUUUACCUUCUUUAUAA